CCGCAUUUGACGACCACAUCCCACCUCGUCGCGAUCGAGCAUUGACAAGUGUCCACGCCUUCAGGAUGCUUGCACAGCGACUUGCGAGAGCCUCGGCUCUUCGCGCAGCACCGCGACGACUGCCCAUCAUCCAAGCCAGAACCUUCCUUCCCGAGUCCCUCAACAGCCGGACUGUCCUCGACGAGAAGUUCCCUGAUACGAAGCCUCUGACUGAGGCCGAAGAUCCCGGCCAGAACGGCGGCUACCUCAACCCGCCCAACGUCAAGCGCCAAUUCCGCGAUCCCCACGCCGACUGGUGGGACAAGCAGGAACGUCGCAACUAUGGCGAGCCCGUCCACGAGGACCACGACAUUCUAGGCAUGUUCUCUCCGCACGAGUACACCUGGGUCUCCCCGCGUAAGGGUCUGUUCCAGAUCGGCGCCUUCAUUGCCGUCUUUACCGGGGUGUGCAUGGUGGUCGCACAAUUAUACCCAGACCGGCCGUCAUUCCCUAGAGAAUUCGAAGGCGGUCUUGAGCGUGAGCUAGGCGGUGCUGGUGCCGUCCGGGCGAGAUCUCCCGAGGACCCGGAGCCCUUCCAGCCUGAGGAGUCCGAUGCAUAAAUGAGCAACUUUGUACAUAGUGUAAUAUGCUGUCGGGACGUACAGGAACAAUCAAGGACUGAAUCAUUCAAUCUACUUUUCAUUUGUUGCUGCCAAGACAUGCCCAGCCGACGAACAUCACGGAUGUCAAUUGCCACGUUCGAACCUUCAUGUGAAUGGGAACUCGUAGACAUGACUUUGCUUGGAAUCCCUGCGUGUACCUAGGUACAGGAGCUUUGAAGAAGCCCAUGGGGGGUCGAUGCAACUAGUUUCCACCUCAGUCAGUGGCUUCGGAGCCAGCCCUCGCAUGCCGGCCAGGGAUAAAAGCUGCAGGCGGGAUUUGCUGUGAAUGACCGCGGGCAUGAUAGAAUCCUGGAGCUUGCGAAUGAACAAGCUAGGGCAGUCAAUCUCACAGUGCCACAGCUUG